UAUUGCUUUCUCUCAAAAUGAAUGACUAUUCUUCUUAGUUUUCCAAUUCCCUUUUAGUUAAGCAGGUAGCAUAAGCAAUAAUAACCAGGUCAUUCUGGGUCUGCUGACCGUAAUCAAAUAAAAGAAAAGUAAAGUAAUAAUAACCAGGCAACUUGGGGAUGGGAGAUUUUUAAACUACAUUCCUUUACUGAGAAACAUUCGACAUGGUUACAUCUCUGCUAUAUGUUUAAGGUUUGCGGUAUUUGAUUUAUGGUCAGUUGAGGUUAUAAGGAUUUGGUUAUAAGUGUAUAACUCUGUAUAGGAUGGAGGUCCAUUUAUUCUAAACUGCAAGUUGUAUUUGUAGAAACUGAAGUGUCUAAUAUCAGGGUGGAAAACGCUAGGAGAGACACAGGACAUGGAGAAGGCACAGAGGGACCAAAAGCCCCUAUUGACCAAAAGCCCCAUUUUAUUAAGAAGAGAGACUAGUUGAGGCCUAUAGCAGACAACACCAAUAAAUAGCUUCUAAAGAAAUAAUAUAUUUAUGCAUGGAAGGGGAAGUACUUGGACUUAAUGAGAGUUAAUUGAGAAAAGACGUCAUGGCUAAAAUUUAACUGCAUGCAUACAGAAAGGAGAGAGUUGUAGUCUUGGAAGGAAUUUUCUCCUGUCUUUUUUUGUAUGAAUAGUUGGGGGAAGAGAGAUGAUGUAAAGAGAAUGAGAUGGAGAGAGAAAGAUGGAACAGCUGCUUUUUCUGAGGCCUUGUGGGACUGUCUUUUUUGGGGAGGGAGGUGGGUGGAUGCUAGGAUAUUUAUUUAUUUAAAAUAUUUUGCCAGUCGUCUCCUUGCCAAAAUCUACUGGCCAAUAAAAAUUUCAUUGUGGCUGGACUUUGCUUAUUCAUUAGAUAUGAACUUGUCGAUUUGGCAAAUUGUUUUCAAUCUCUUAACUGCACAGCCUCUCUCUCUCUCUCUUUCUGUGCCACCCUCUCCCUGAUUCCUUCUCCGCCAACCUCCCCCCCCCCCACUCCACCUCCCUUUCCCUUUGAUGCAGCCAUUGGCUGCUCCACGAUGUGUCUCCUUGCCAAAUAGGUGGAUCCUUCUUCCCUCUCUCUCUCUUUUUUUUCUGCUGGCAUUGGCACAGGCAAAUGGUUGGGGACUGAGCAUGAAAGGAGAAAGCAAGCGAGCAAGAGAGUUUAAGAGGAAAAAGGGAAAGGAAAAAAGGGGGGAAAACAACAACAACAAAACCCCCCAUACCCCAGCAGUUGGGUUUUGCCAGCAGCCGAUCACAGCUGAUUCCAGAGCGGAGUCUGUCCCUUUUCCCCUAGACCUGCAAUCACCCCUAUUCUCAGGCGGAGGGAGCCACAUCUAAGUUGCAUCUUUGCGUUUUUGCCAACGCUGAAAGAGCUUCUUUUUCCCCCUCCCUUGCAACUCCCCCUCCUAAUCAGUUGCUGUUGUUCUCCCUGUUUUUAAUUUUUUCCCCUUUAUUUUUCCAUAUAUUUUUUUCCCCUUUAAGAGACAUUUGGCAUUUUUCACCCUAUUUUUUUGUGUGUGUUUGUGUCUAUGUGUGCGCGCAGGCGAGGUGAUGUUGAUUUAUUUCUGUCCUUUUCUGAUGUUCCCUUUCCUAACCUGCUUCCUUCAAUUUUUAAUCUUUCUUUUCUGCUCUCCCACUAAAUAAGACUUUAACAAUUUGUUAGUUUUGUUUUCCGUGGAGAAGACAACAAACAAUUGCUUUCCACCUAAUUUAGGAAACAUCCUGCACUCUUCUGUGCACUUCCUUCUUACAUUUUUACUUUCCUCCUUGUUCUCCCCUCCUCCCUUUUCCACCUCACAACCCCCUAUAUCCUCCCCCCUCCACACUCUGCAAUUCUGAGCCCAGAAUUUCUGAAUCGGGGGCUUAGCUUCGCCGGGAUGAGCCAGAGCAAUGGAUGAAUUCCACCCCUUCAUUGAAGCUCUCCUUCCUCAUGUCCGUGCCUUUUCCUACACAUGGUUCAACCUGCAAGCUCGGAAACGAAAGUACUUUAAGAAGCAUGAGAAGCGGAUGUCAAAGGAUGAGGAGCGCGCUGUGAAGGACGAAUUACUUGGUGAAAAGCCUGAGAUCAAGCAGAAAUGGGCGUCCCGGCUGCUGGCCAAGCUACGCAAGGACAUCCGCCCGGAGUUUCGCGAGGACUUCGUCUUGACCAUCACGGGCAAGAAAGCACCGUGUUGUGUCCUCUCCAACCCAGAUCAGAAGGGCAAAAUCCGCAGGAUUGAUUGCCUGAGGCAGGCUGACAAGGUUUGGAGGCUGGACCUAGUUAUGGUCAUCUUGUUCAAAGGGAUCCCUCUUGAAAGUACUGAUGGGGAGCGGCUAUACAAGUCGCCGCAGUGUUCAAACCCAGGCCUUUGCGUCCAGCCACACCACAUUGGAGUCACAAUUAAAGAACUGGAUCUUUACUUGGCGUAUUUUGUUCACACUCCUGAAUCCGGACAAUCAGACAAUUCAAACCAGCAAGGAGAUGCGGACAUCAAACCACUGCCCAAUGGGCAUUUGACUUUCCAGGACUGUUUUGUGACAUCGGGCGUCUGGAAUGUUACGGAGCUGGUGAGGGUGUCACAGACUCCUGUUGCCACAGCGUCUGGUCCAAAUUUCUCUCUGGCUGACCUCGAGAGUCCCAGUUACUACAACAUCAAUCAAGUGGCUCUAGGCAGACGGUCAAUAACAUCUCCACCUUCUAGCAGUUCCACCAAGCGGCCCAAGUCGAUAGAUGACAGCGAGAUGGAGAGCCCCGUAGACGAUGUGUUCUACCCUGGGACGGGGCGGUCCCCAGCAGCUGGCAGCAGCCAGUCCAGCGGGUGGCCCAACGAUGUGGAUGCAGGACCGGCUUCUUUAAAGAAGUCAGGGAAGCUGGAUUUCUGCAGUGCCCUGUCCUCCCACACCACCUCCCCGAGAAUGGCUUUCACCCACCACCCGCUGCCUGUCCUAGCAGGAGUCAGACCAGGAAGCCCCCGUGCCACAGCUUCGGCCCUGCACUUCCCGUCAACCUCCAUCAUCCAACAGUCCAGCCCCUACUUCACACACCCGACCAUCCGCUACCACCACCACCACGGCCAGGACUCGCUGAAGGAAUUUGUGCAGUUUGUAUGCUCGGACGGCUCAGGCCAGGGCUCCGGGCAGCCUAACGGUAGCGGCCAGGGCAAAGUCACGGGGUCAUUUUUGCUGCCGCCACCACCACCUGUGGCCAGACCAGUGCCCCUUCCAAUGCCUGAUACAAAAUCCACCAGCACUAACCCAGAGGGCGGAGCGCCGACACCAACGUCACCCUCAUUCUCAGCGCCAGGCUCCUCCUCCUCUGCCAACCGGUUUGUCGGCAUCGGACCCCGGGACGGCAACUUUCUAAACAUCCCCCAGCAAUCUCAGUCUUGGUUCCUCUGACGGGAUCUUCAAGUGAAGAAAAAUAAUAAUAAUAAUAAUAAUAAUCAUGAUGAUAAUAAUAAUUUUUCACUCAAGCCCUGAGAAUCAGAAUCUUCAGUCCUUAACCCAUAUCUUCACUGAGCUGCUGCUCUUCAAGGAAAAGUAAGAGACGUUGGGUAACAUUACAGAUGAGAAGCUUAACACGUGGGACCUCUGCAAUCCAAGGCAGAUUUUGCAUUUGCAUAGAAGAGGUUUGUCUUCUGCAAUGUGGGAAUCCCAUCAACACCUACAGAAGUCACAUUAACACUCUGUUAUAAUGAUAUAGGAUAGCUCUGGACAGGCCAUCCAAGCAAUGGUUUUUUUAAAAAAAAAUGGGAUUUCUCUUUAUUCAUCAUGGGGAAGGAAUAGCAUUUGCAUAAACCAGUCUCAAACCCCAAAACUGCACCAAGGUUUGCUGGGGAUUAUGUUUGUUGGGAAUGGAAAAAGAGACUCUCCCAUUAGUCUCGCCUGCCUACCAGCCUGAUUCCAAGGAAGGUUUUGAGCAUUCUAAAAGGAAUUAGGAGCAUUUCCCCAGUUGGAGUUUGGAGAGGGUUGUAUGUCUAGGCCACUCAGUUGCUUUUUAAAAUCCUCACAAGGUGGGGUGGGGGCUUCAGGCCAAUCAACUUUGUCCUAAAUUCCAUUCACAUGUCCUUUGAAGAAGGAGAAGAAAAGCUGACCCAGUGUAUUUGCCCUGGCUCAAAAUUGGAACUGAUUUUGAUUAGAGAAACAACCCUGGCUGGCUUUUACAGCACAAACAUCUCCCACCAAACAUUAAUUCCCUUGUGCAGUAAAAACUAUCUUGUUGAUUGAAUUAACAAUGCAUCCUCGUUAGUUAAGAAAGCAAAAGCAGAAACGUUCCUAACUGCCAGAUGCCCAGACAAAAUCCCAUUCCAGAGCCAGGGGCAGGCUCUUACUGAGCACAUGCGCUCACACUCUCACUCGCUUGCUCUCUCACACACGCAUGCACACCUGGCACCUGGUCCCUUCUGUCUGCCUCUUGGUGUCCUGUGUUUCCCAGUAUUUCUUGCUGUAGAUGAACUUUCACUGCAUCUCAGAAAUGAAAAAAGUAUUACCACAUCAGGGUUAUGUGGAAGGUACUCCCAGACUCCUGUUCCCCAUGAACGGGGUUUCUUUCAUCCCAAUAAACAAGAGAGGUGGGCCCUCUUGGGCUCAUGAGGCUGAGCUAGAGAAAGCCUGGAAAGUGCUGCUAAGCAUUUCUCUUAGGAAAGAGAGCCUUUGCAGAAUCCCCUUUGAAACAUUUUCUCUUGGGAGAUCCAUUGGAGACUCAUUUUAAAAGCUUUUAAAUGCAUAAAUAAAUAAGUUGGCAAGAGAGCAAAGAGGCCACACUGAAGUUGUGUCCCUAACAAAUCCCUGGGAUUGGGGUAACUGGCUGAACCAGGCACGUUUCUGCAAAGCUCCCAGCCUGCUUUGGACAGGGUGGGCUGCAUUCUUUCCCCCCCAAGUUCCAGUCGUUUCCUUUUGAGAUUUUGGGUGUCUGUUGUUACUAUGGUUUGAUGCUCUUCCUGAUCCCUUUUCUCCACUUUGUUCUUUUCCUCCUUGAGUUGUAGCAUUUCCUUUGGCUUCCUCUACAUACAGGUGACAACAGCAAAGAAAAUUAAAUAGAAGGCAAACUAUUUUUUGGGUUAAGACAAACAAAAAGCAAAACCCCUGAAGCUCAGUGCACAUGAAAACACUCAGCAAACUUCAGCGCAACAAAAUGAAUUGUGUAGUUAGAGGUAGUGGAGGCUGCCUGACUGGUAGAUGGAAGGGUUUGACAUGACUAGCUGUACACUACGCGCAUGCAGACACACACAUGCACCAGAGUCAAUCACACAGCUCCGCGCACUUUCCUCUUUCCCUGUCUCAGACAACAACACAUAAAGUGAAAAAGAGAACGAGUGUCCCUCUCUGUCUUGCACCCAUGAAAGGAUCACCAUGAUUUCUUCUCCAUAAGGGUGUGGGGGAAGAGACUCCUCCCUUUCUCCUUAUCCUACACUGAGCUUUGGGUCAGGAGUUUUGCCAAAUACUUUGGGACUCGUGCCAUCCCAUUUCCCUGUUAAAUGUGGCUACCUUUGCAUGAGGGGUCACUGGCUGUUACAGGGCAACUCCACAUGGUAUCCUUAGGAUAGGUGAGGACAAGGUUCUGUACUAGGAAGUGGGGUGGGGUAGGGGUUAGGGGCUGUUUGAUUUGGAAUGGGCCAGGAGGAUGCUGCAAGCAAUGGGUGGCCAUGAAGUCUGCCCAGGGCAAUUACAUCUGGGCUCCUGGCUGGCAAUGUCUGGAGUUGCCUCCCAAAUGAUCGAGCGGGAAACCCAGUUGAUCUGAAGAGCCUUCUGAAGCCCCUCUCCUAUCUGCGGCAAGGCUCCCCGGCCAAUUUGUGUGUGGCACAUUGGCAGGGACUUCUGGAGCAGACCUUGUCCAGGAGCUGCUGGUGGGGACAGGACUCUGCAUCCCUGUCCAAGUGCAAUGAUUUUCCAGUUCCGAAUGGAGAAACAGGGUCAAGGGAGGGAAUUCCAAGGGCUGCAGACCUGCCCCUCCCCCCACCAGCAGGAGGCUCCCCUCAUUGUCCCCCCUCCCCAGUUUCCAGAAAUCAGAGGAACAGCCUCGGUCCCCCAAACACAUGUGCACGCACGCACGCACGCACGCACACGACGUGACCGCGAACACCCUGAUUGCAGGCCUGCUCUCAUGGAACACUCACAGAACCUGGCCCUGCACAGCUGCUGGACAGCUGCUGUUAUGGAGGGAGAGUUGCUUCUCCCCAAGGAAUAGUGUCAGGGAGCAAAUAGCCUGCAGAAAAUAUAUGCAGACAUUUCAUUUGGCUGAUGUAAUGGGCUGCUACAAAGAGGAGCCCCCUGCGGCACGGCGCCAUGCACUUUGGCCUGCUGCUGCUGCCUAGUGCUUCCAUCCUUGGCAUAAGCCAGGCCUGCUUUGCUCAGUAAAACUGGAGACCUGGAUGUAAUGGAUUCUAGCACUGGGGCUCAGCUGCUUCCAUCACCCCGGAGACCCUCGCCCAACCUAUCAAACGCAACUCAGAGCAUUGUCAGAGACAAUGGUUGUAGACAGACAAUUCUUUUCAAGAUGGUGGUUUGACCCGGGCAGUACUUCCCAUGGUGUACGCACACGCCUCCUUCCUCCCGCUGUAGCAUCUGGUUAAGCAGGUCUUUGUUUAAUAGAGAUGAAAGUAGGGUGAGCCUUUGUUUAGACUGCCUUCACAUCUUUGGGAAGGUGGUGGGGGAACUAGUGUCUUGUCUACAGCCUAACAUUCAUAAAGUAAUAUGAAGCACUGAGUGUUGGGUUCAAAUCUCUGACACCGGCAGAAAUCGGAAGCAGUAGCUGGAAUUGGAACACAACCCCCUUCUAUGUUGUGAGGUUGAAAGGUGCCCAAUGAAAAAACCAACCAACCCAAGUUAGAGUCUGCUUCUUCAAAAGCAUCCGGCUAUGGAGAAGUUAGGCCGAUGUGGAAAUGGGAACGUUCCCUACUUGAUAGUCUUAAGGAAACCGCCAUCCCCCCUCCAUCAGGGCAGUCUGGGCCCUCACUGCCCCAUCUUACAAAGUACCAGCAAGCCCUCUUUGGCCUGGUUGUGCUGGACAGGGUUCCAGCAGGCUCUAAACCUCGAGACGAAGAGGUCAACUAGACAUAAAGGGCCACCACAUGUUUGUUGAACACAUUUGCCGCAUUUGCCUUUAAAGUGAGUGUGGGGAGUCUCCUUUUUAUGCCAGAAGGAGCACAUAGAAGAGGGGAGCGGGAGCCUCUCCCACCUUACCUAGCUGUGUCCUGCUGCUUUUAAGCAGUUUUUCCCUAGCACAAAAAGGAAACUGCUUAAAGAAGCCAAGUACUACCAGGCAAGGCAGAGGAGGGGGUGGGUUUCACUGCCCUCCCCUGUGCAUUCCGUUGGAAAGGAGACUACACACACCCACACACUGUAUAGGUGAAAGGGGCAAGCAUGUAUUUAACAAACAUGGUUGCCCUGGAAGUUGGGUUUAGCCCUUGAGAGAUCUGUUGGAGCUGUGUGUUGUCAAAGCAUCACACUUCAGGGCAGGAGGGCACCCUCUGCAGCAUUUGAAGUGCUGUAUGGUUUUUGUUUUAUUUUGUCAUCAGAACCAUUUGGAGCAUUCCCAGAUUGAGAAAGAUUGUGCUCCUCUCCAUUCUCUUACACUUUUAAAAAAAAAAGUGUAUCCAAACUUCUGUUUCUGUCAAGUCUGAGCACUUUUUAGUGUAAAAGAAUGCACAGAAAUGAAAAAUAAAUUGAAAAGGGGGAGAGAUAAAUAUUCCACUAUAUUAAAUACUGACGGUCACCAUAGUUGAUGCCAUCACAGUGUCUUUUUGGUUAUUAAAUUUAUUCAGUAAAUGUAUUUAGUUAUUAAAUUUCUCAAAAGGGAAUAAUUCAAUCAAAUAAUUCCAUAUAUAAAAAUAUAUUUUAAGGGUUUUAACGUUCUCACUUUAAUGCCCAGAACUGCUCAAAAUAGCGUCCCGACUUGAGACAUGGGAAGAGGGAGGAGUCCAUUUUGGAUGGUCUGAAAACACUGUAGGGCAAGCGGGGCUUGCAGGUGUCCAGAGACCGGUGACCACAAAUAGGCAGCCCUUAGAGAUGGGAGAGAGGGGAGGCAGAGGCAGACUGUUGUGUCAAGCUGAAAAGAGGCUCUGAGUCUCAACAGCACUUCAGCACAUGCUCCACUCUUGCCAGCUGCUAGAAUAUGGCAAUUGGGUGACAGUAACUUGUGGGCAGAUGGGAUGAUGGUGUCAUCUACCUACAUGCUAAACUACCUGGUUUGGGUCCUAUAGAGGGGUGAAUGUAGUCACUGAGGAGGAAUCUGGAAGGGAUGACAUGGAGGACUUCUUACAUUUUGGUGGCUGGAAGGUCUGGGCAGCAGAAAGGAAAAUACACAGAAAUGUGUGUUUAAAAGGGGGGAGGGGAUUUUUAAAAAACGAAAUAUAUAUUAGGGGUUUUAAAAGAACCAAUUUUGUUUGCAUUGAGCCAAGUGCAAUGGAGUGCAUAGUUUUAAUAUCUUUGUAUGUUAAAGAUUGUUAAGAAGAAGAGAAAAAAUCUAUUUUUGUUGCAAAGUCCUCUGUUCCCAAGGACUCUAAAUAAAUAGGGACAAAAGAAAACCCAACCUUUGUAAGUAUGGGGAAAAAACUUUUUCUGUUUAUUUUUUCAUUUGUUUAUUUUUCCUUUUUCUCGUUUGUUUUUUAAAUCUUUUUUUAAAAAUUGAUAAUGAUCGGGGUUUAGUGUGUUUUUUUCCCUUUUCCUCAUUAGUUUUGUCGUUUUAUGGGAGGGCUGAAGGCAAAAGUUUUUCACAUGCAAAAAUACAAUUGUAAAAAAACCACACUGUAUCAGGUUAAAAGCAUUGAAGAAAACUACAAAAUUAAUACUAAAGAAAAGGACAACAAGAAAAAAAACCCUUAAAAAAAUCAUAAAAGGAGAAAAUUAAAAAAUACAAAACCUGGUGCUUCUUACAAUAUAAAGUACAUUAAAAUCUCUAUUAUACAUAGUUUAUGAACCAAUUAAUUGUUAUCAUAAAGCACAUUUUAGGAAACAUGCAUUAUCCCUUCUUUAUGUUUAGCUGAAAGGGGCAGCGGGCUUUGCAGUCAAAUGCACCAGCAGCAACUGGCAGCCUCUCAUGGAUCUUCCCAGGUUGUCGAGCGAGAUGGGUGAUGGUGAGGUUGCCAUGGCAAAGGGUAAAGGUUCCUGCUGGAGCAGACGCCACCCUCAACAGGCCGUGGUUCUCUGGCUCCUUUCACUCCUUCCCCACCCUCCAUCAUCACCACCACCACACACCCUCUGCUCUGCUCUGCUCUCCUGUCCCAUCUUUCCCCAAAGAGACUCAAGCAAAGCAGUUGACUUUGGGGUUGGCCUCUAUUUCUGUUCCCCUUCAUUGCCAACCAGCCCAAUCUGCAGCUCACUCGCUCUCUCCCUUUCUUGUAUCUCAAGGGCUUCUCUUUGGAAUGAGGAGCCAACUUGUGAUCUCACCAGCAUCCCCACCUCUGAACACCUCUCAUCCCCCACCCCAGGUUGGCUGCAACUCCUGCUUGCCUUUCUUACAACCUCCGCAGUAUGGUUAGAUGGGUCCGUCCUCUCACCUCCCUCCCUUCCUUGCUGGAUUGUAGGGGGAGUGGGGGCAAAGCAGAAGCCAAGACUCGACCCAACCCCGCAACCUCACAGAGCAUGGGAGGUUGACUGGAGAAGUUUCUGUUUUCAGGGAAGGACCAAGAUGGAUGACUUAGCCUUACUCUCACCAUGCUUAACUGGCCAGCUGACAUAGUGCCUUUGUAAACCCAUCUUUUGCUGAAACAGAUGGACCAUGUGUUCUGCCGGGAGGGGUCAAGUACAGGAAGUUUCACCCAUCCCUCUGUAAUCCAUGUGCUCAACACAGGGGAAAAGCAAUAAAGAGCCUAGUUUUGCCCAAUAAGAGGGAGGCCCCGUUGCUAAAUGCAGUGGGGCCUAGUCCUCUUAGGCCUGGCUUCUGCUGCCCCAUGUAGCAUCAAGGAGAGAGUGAAGGAAGCACACCAGCAAAACAGCAAUACUGAAGGCUGCUGGAAUUUCUCAGAGAAGCCUUUCUGAGCUUGGUCGUGCAUGGAGCCCUGAGCCCCUUGUUGGCAUGAAGGGUGCUCCUUACUCAGCCCCUCUCUCCUGGGUGAUGCUCAGUUGGAACUUGAAACAUCGAAGCAGGCAAUAAGCCCAGGAGGAAGUGAGGUUGACUUGACUGUUCCCAGAGAAUUCAAUUUUGCCCUCCCUCCGGCUCCUUGUGUGUAAGACGGGGGGGGGGGGCAUGUCCCUCAGCUUGAACUUCAGCUGGCUGGCCACCAAGUGGACUGGAAGGGGUCAUUUGGCCUACUUUAGGUAGAACUUUCAUCCUUCCCUCCCUUUUCGUACAGCAGUUGAGCAUCCCUCUCUUUCCUUAUGUAGAUACCUGCAAUAGCUCCCCUGUCUCCCUUUUUUCUCCCCUCCCCACAUAUGCGCCCCCAUUAACCCCAAACCCACUUCUCUCGCUCGGCAGCAAAACCUUGAGAUCCAUGAAACUGCAGCUUCCCUGACUGCAUCCCACCCCUGCCCCUUGGAACAAGUUUCUUCCUUGGUUAAGAAACGCAGUAUAUAUAUGAGUACAGUACAGUAUAUAUAUAUAUAGUACUAAUGGAAUUUGGUGUGCUUUUUCUCCUCAUCCCCCCUACCUGUUGCCUCCCCCACCCCAAUGCUCCCUUUGUGUCUUUGAGUCUGUUCUUCCAAUUCCACCGCCCUCCCACCCCCCCCACCCCCCUCUGCACUUGAAAAUAAAAGGUAGUUCUUUGUCUGUUUUUGUUCUUUCUGAGGUUUCUUCCGUGUCUAGCAGAAUGCAGGUAGCCAUAUGUUAUAACUGUCAAUAUUGCUUCACGACAAAAAAAAUAUAGGGAAAAAAGAAAAAAAAAAGAAAAAUCCAAACUGUUUUAUCAUUUUUGCCUGAGCUUUCUUCGGCUUUCUCCAUUGGAAUGGCUUAUCGUGUUAUGUGAAUUUAAAACAAAACAAAAAAAGAGGAAAAAAAGUUUAAAAAUGUAAAAAAAACAACAAAAAAAACCAUAUAUUUCAAAAAAGAAAAAAAAAUCAUUGGCUUCCCUCUUCCCCUAUCCCCACCAAUUCCUUCCCCAGAGCAGAGAUGGGAAGCCCAGUGGAGGAGAGUGCCGAGGGCUCUGAGAUAAUUGUGUGUCUGUUUUGGUGGGUGAUGGGGGGGUCUGUGUCCCUUCUUUCCCCAUUCCCAUGUUUUCUGGAGGAGCUGUUCAGAAACAUCAAGAAUAGACCCAUUCCCCCUACACACAUCCCAUUGUCCCUUUGGUCAAAUUGUAAAGUGCCUAAAAGGUAAUUUUUCAGCGGCAAAGAUGAUACUUGAGUUCCUCCUUCCCCUUCAUUUGGAGUGGGCAUCUCUGUGUCAUGCCAGCAUAACAUCUGCAGACAUGGAGAGGGCUACUGCUGUUUACUCAGCAGCUGGAGCAACCACAGCGUAUCUCCCUACAGCCACUUCCCCCCAGGCUCUUUUCUCCCCACCAAACUCAUUUCUGGUAUCAGAGCAUGGGUGAGGAGAAAAGCGCCUGAAGGACAGGCAAGAAGAAGAUAUGAGGUGGGCAGGGAGAGGACCUGACACUCCUCACCCAUGCACCCUCUUUGUUCUUAAAAUGUGGGUGCACCCUUGCUACUUAAUAUGUGAUGAGGCCAACCCACCUUUUCAAGGGGGGUCUGCUGCUGUCACAUUUUGUUUGGCUCUGAGCAUCACCACCUAAUAUCAGUUUUGCCUUUGAAGCCUGUCCCCAAAACCAUUUAGGAACCAAGGCCCCGUUUGGGACCCCUAUAGGUUUCCAAAGGCCUUACGGCUGUCUCUGGCCAUCAACAGCUGCAAUCUGAUGAGGAACGCAAGGUGAGAGCAAUGAACCCGUGGCCCAAAUGAGCCCCUGUGGUUUGUCAGGAGGCACUGGUGGCUUCAUUGGUCACUCCAGUUUCACUUCAGUAUGACUGAGGGAAGGUUCAGAUGAGCCAGUGAGAGAGCCUGAGUGAUGCCAGCAUGUGUUUGAGUAGAAGACAGGAUUGGCCAGUCAUGGCUUGCUGCUAACACAGCUCCUGUUUCCUUGGGGUACUUUGAAAAAGCAUCCCCUCCAAAUGUCAUGGUACAAAACCAACUGAGGUGACAAGAUAACCCAGUCUGUUUGGGUGCCUGCUCCCCCCCCCCGCCCCCACCCAAAAAACACCCCUUCUUACCCAAUGUUGUGGGGAGAAUAUGGUAACGUCUUCCAUUAAUGUUGUUUCCUCUUGCAGGGGCAAAUCCUCCUCACUGAUUCCCUUUUGUUGCCUCUGGCCAUGAUCCUGAAAACCCUUUCGCAGGAUGGGACCCAGUCUCCAGGAGCUGAUUUCCUGCCCUGGGCUCCCUUGAGCGUUUCGGGAAAGGCUCUUCAUCUGCUCCGGCACCCUCUUCUUGGCUGGGGCCCAUUCUAGCUGUGAGGGUAGUAUCUGCUCAGUCCAGUGCAGGGAGGGGGGGCCCCUUUGAGCCAGUGGGAGGUUUUGCCCGGAGGGUGCCAGUUAAAGGUGUGCCACCUGCCGGCGGGCAUCCUCCUGCCUAGUCCAGGCCUGUGUCCUUUUCUACAGAGGCCAGCCUGAUGCUCCCGAGCAGCAGUAUCCCAGCUCCUUCCCCCAACCCUUCAGUAUCCUCUCCCUUCGCUCCUUAUGAAGCUGUCCAUUGCUACUGGUUUGGUUUUAAAGACAAAAAGAACUCAUAACCCUGCAGCCGACUUAAGGGAAGUGCCUUAAACUGAUGCCUUUGCUGACACCAGCGAACAAACUGAGACAGGAAGAUAAAUCAAUCAAACUUUAUGCAUCCAGCUUCAGAAAUGUGAACAAAAGAUGUUUACAGGGAUUGCAAUCAAGUCGCCUGCAGGUGGGGCUCCUGGGGGCCCCUCCCACCCUUGCUCACCAACCCCACCUGCAGGUUCCACACACCGGAGGGUAGCUUAGGCCUGCCCAAUGGCUCCCUCUGCGAAACCAGCCUUCAUUUCGUGUCGCUUGCCCCGCCCUCUUUGCUCACCUUCACCCCAAAGAAGGGAACCAGCUGCCGUGAUGUGGUGAGCCAGCUCCUCCAGUCCCUUCCCCCUCUCCCAGUCAGCCCUCGGCACUACCCCUCCCUCCCCAAGUGCCACUCUCCGAGCGGGGUGUAAUACGCAUGUGUUAAUUACAAUUUUUUUCCAUAAUAAAAGUUUAUAGAUGCAGCACCUUCUUUAACUGAUUGAAUUAAAGAAUGUUAUUGACUGUAA